AUGUCGAAAUCCCCAAACUAUGUUCUCCCCGUGAUUAUCUCGAAAACGUCCGCCCGGCGACUCCCACCAUCGGUGCAACUUGAUGGGCUCGACAUCUUGUUAGAGGUCCUUCCACCGAAAGACUGGCUCCCAGCCAAUUUUAGCACCAUCGUUGGGGACAUCAAGAUGAAUGCUCCCGAACAUCUGCUUGGUAUCUACGAUAUAGUUCAUAUCAGUCAUCUUACCUUUGGUCUCAUCGACGAAGAGGUUCAGUCUGUACUGAAUAAAGUCAUGAAACUGCUCAAGCCCGGCAGCUAUCUCCAAUGGUCAGAGGUCGACAUGGGCUCCUUCCGAGUCGAAACCACCAACAACCCCUAUACCACCCCCGAAGAACACCAGCCAGAGACUAGGCCUACCACGGCAACAGCCCUAGAGCGCCUUUUUCGCCUCUCUGAAGGCCACGAUCCUCGCCUCCAGCCGCGCUGGGUGCCCCAGCUCUCGUCGAAACUAUCCGCAGCAGGCUAUCUGGCCAUCCGAUCUGACAUCCGGGAUGCACCCGGCGAUCUGGCGCUCGCAUUGCACGACUGCAACCUAAUAAUCAACGCGAGCUUCGCGCGGCGGUUUGCAGUGACUGAGCCGUUAGCGCAGCCCCUCGCACAGCUGAUGCUCGAGGCCGAGCGUGAGACGCUGGAUGGCGCCUGUUGGGCUUUUACAAGGUAUACUAUUGUUGGAAGAAACCAGCGGGACCAGCGGGACAAUUAG